CGUUGACCGUACCGGACAGUGUGCACCAAAAACCUGGCUCAACCAGGCCGAGAAAGGAUGUCUGACGCAGAUUGAGGCGCAAAAACGUGAGGAAUUCUUAAUCGUGAAGUCGAACGUACGUUGCCAAAAAUAUGGCGUAUUCAAAGUGGACGAUUGCAACAAUCGCGGUCGUUCUGGUAUCGUGUGCGGGGAGCUACGCAACCGGCAAAAGUGAUAAUCUAACGAUCGGGAAUUAUGUAGAUUUCACACGCUUCUGGGGUAUUUGGUAUGGUGAGCCGAAACUGCGGAAGAGUUAUGACUUUGUGAUUGUUGGUGCUGGGCCGGCUGGAUCGGUGCUUGCCAAUCGGCUGACUGAAGAUCCCAAAGUGACGGUGCUGCUGCUGGAAGGAGGCAAAGGGGAACUGCCCAUUUUUACCGACAUUCCACUGGCAUCACCAAAUCUGCAAUCAACGGAUUAUAAUUUUGCGUACGAAAGUGAAGUGCAAAGCUUUGGAUGUCAGGGAUUGCGUGAUAAGAAGUGUAGUUGGCCGCAUGGACGGGGUGUGGGUGGAUCUUCGAUAAUAAAUUACAUGAUAUAUACCAGAGGCAAUCGGAGGGACUACGAUGGAUGGGCACAGGCGGGUAAUCCAGGCUGGAGCUGGGAUGAAAUGCUGCCAUACCAUAUCAAAGCGGAGCGUGCAAAUAUAAGAGAUUUCGACAAUAACGGUUUCCACGGAAAGGACGGCCCCUUGUCGGUGGAAGAUUGCCCAUUUAGAUCGAGAAUCGCCCAUGCCUUUGUUCGUAGCGCUCAGCAGGCCGGUUAUCGCUACUUGGAUUACAAUGCCGGGGAGCAUAUAGGAGUGUCCUAUCUGCAAGCCAAUACGGAUCGAGGCUGGCGAGUGACAAGCGGAACGGCAUAUCUGCCGCCAUCUGUCGCCAACCGUAAAAAUCUGCACAUUCUCACCAAAGCAUGGGUCACGAGACUGCUGAUUGACGCAGAUACCAAGGAGACUACGGGUGUCCGAUUUGCUCGCAAUAAAAAGCAGUUUACAGUUAAAGCCAAUCGAGAAGUGAUUCUUUCGGCGGGGGCCUUUGAAUCGGCUAAGCUUCUGAUGCUGUCAGGAGUUGGUCCUACUGAUCAUCUUCAAAGUCUUGGAAUACCAGUCAUAAAUGACUUACCGGUUGGUGAACAACUGUACGAGCAUCCAGGAGUACUUGGCCCUGUAUAUUUGGUCCGAAAACCCAUCGAUAGUUACGUUCAACUAGAUGACAACAUAAACGUCAAAAAUUUAAUCCGAUUGAUCAACGGUCGUGGAGUGUUCACGACCAACGCUGUCGAAAGCCUCAUGUACAUUAAAACUCCGGUAGCGGAAAGUCCGGAUCCUGGUCUUCCCGACGUUGAAAUUAUGCAAGCGUUCACAUCGGUUGAUUUCGAUUCUGGUCCCGGAACUUUCCUAGCAUUCCGCCUCACCAAUGAAACCUACGAUGGAUACUAUCGACCGAUUCGCAACAUUCGAUCCUUCCAGUACCUUCCGAUGCUGUUGAAACCACGAACACGUGGAAAAUUGCGUCUUCGUUCAAGGAAUCCCUUCGCCCACCCUCGAUUUGAUUAUCAAUACUUUGAGGAUGAUCGUGACCUAGAGGCCCUCGUUUACGGUAUGAUGGAAGCAAUUCGCGUAACUUCGCAACAAGCGUUCCGUGAUCUGGGCGUUGAGCUUUACUCACGUCCGGUGCCGGGUUGCGAACAGUAUGAAUUCAACACGCGCGACUACUGGCGCUGCCAUGUGCGCACGCUAACUGCCACCUUUCAUCAUCAGGUUGCAACGUGCAAGAUGGGUCCUGCCACGGACUCCGAAGCCGUAGUUGAUCCACGGUUGCGUGUCUAUGGAAUUUCACGGUUGCGGGUGGUAGACAUUGGCAUUGUUCCAGGACCUCCGGCAGCCCAUACAGCGGCAGUGAGUUUCGUCAUCGGAGAGAAGGCAGCCGAUUUGAUCAAGGAAGAUCUUGAACGAGGGAAAAGUGGGGCCCUCGUUGAGAAAACAAAAUCAAAUGCGUUUAGAAUUGAGGAACUUCCAGUUGAUUAUGACUCAGGGCCUUUAUUUAGAUAUGAUUUUGGACCGCAGUAUUUCGACCGUAAUGUCUUUGGCACAACACAUAGAUUUAGAAGGGAUGUAAAUGAUGGAAGAAAUGACUCUGAAGAUUGGAAGUUUCCUGCUAACCAGAAAAGAGAAGGUGUACUAGACUUCGGAUCAGCUGUUCAGGAAAUUUCUCAUCUACUGAAUAGUAGCUCAGAGACUCGAUAGAUAAAUACAACCAACAUUUAUGA